AUGCAGCCACCGUACUGUUCGCAAUUCGAGGACUUGAAAAGAGCUCUACAGAAAUCGAAAGAGGACAUGGAAAUGGCUGAGGAAGAUUUGAAGAAGGGUGAGAGUGCAUUCCGGAAGAGGGCGGCCCGGAAGGCCACCGAAAAGUAUGAGGCUGAUCUGAAGGCGCUUGAGAACUUUCUAACCGUGACUAUGCCCGAGCAGAAGGUUCGAACACAUAAAGGAGAUUGA